AUGUACGGUCGCUCGUGCAGCAGUUCUUCCUCGUCCUCCAGUUCUUCCGACGGUUCUUACCGCGCUCCUAUCGGAUUCGGCGCUGCCCCAAUGCCUCACAACUACGGACCCCCACCACCAGGAGUUCCAAUCGGAGCUGGAGUUGGACUUGCAUACGCUCCACCACCACCAGUUGGAGUCGGAAUCGGAAGAGGAGUGACCCCAGGGUAUGUGCAACAGGCCCCACCACUCCCAAAUCGAGGAUACACCACCGGACCGUACGGGCAGCAAAUUCCACCGCCACUUCCACAGCCGGUCCCACAGCAGCCGUACCCGGGAGCCAAUGUUUAUCCAUCCAACCAGCCGUACCCAAGCGCCCCAGGAUACCCACCACAGCCGUAUCAGCUUGGACAAGGAUCGACCCCGGGAGCCUACCCACCACCGCCACCAAAUGGUCCAUACCAAGGAUACCCACCAAGAGGAUACUAA